UUGUUGUUAAAAUCAUAUUUCUAUCAAGAAGUCAUAUUUAACUGAUAAAAAAAAACACUUAGUUUGCAAGAACAAUAAAGUAGUUGUAAUGAACUUAUCAUUCGACUGUUUUGCUUAUAAAAAGAAACCAUCAGUACUUUCCAAUAGUGGCGUCCAUAGUUUUGGUAAUUUUAAUGACAAUGAUGAGGAAAAGAUUUUAGAAAAGUCAGACCAAAAAAAGAGAAAAUGCAUUAUAGAAAGUGAAAGUGAUGAAGAAGAGAAAAAGCAAUAUAAGCGAAAUAGAGUAGUUCUUUCUGAUAGUGAUGGUGAUAAAGAUGAUCCAACAGAUCUCUGUAAAGUCCAGUCUCCUUUUAAACAUAAAGAUAGUUUUGAGGAAGAUAUUAGCCACGAUGAAAGUGAUUUGGACUGCAGUACAAAUAAUGAUAUAAUAAGAAAGCAGAUGUUAUUUGAUUUUAUAACUACAUGUACACUAGAAGAUCUUGUUCUUAUUCCUGGAUUUUCUUUAAAAAAAGCUGAAAAAGUUAAAGGGUUGCUUCCUUUUCAUGACUAUAAUAACAUGGUUGAAAAACUUAAUGAGUUAAGAGGUUUUUCCAUAAACACGUUUUUAAGCGAAUGUAGUAAUCUUUUGGAUGAACAAAAAAAAUUUCAAUCACUAAUUGCACAAUGUGAAGCAAUGAGCAGACAAACUGAAUCUGAGGUGUUCUUACAUUGCAACGAUGUCACAAAGUUACCAAUUCAAAAGCCUUCCUUAGUCAAUGAAAAAGUCUCAUUGAAAAGCUAUCAGUUAGUAGGAUUAAAUUGGUUGGUAAUGCUGCAUAGGAAUAACUUAAAUGGAAUUCUUGCUGAUCAGAUGGGAUUAGGGAAGACAGUUCAAACUUUAGCUUUUAUAGGAUAUUUAUUGGAAACUGGUCAUAAAGGAACUACUUUGAUUGUAUGUCCAUGCUCUACAAUGGAUAAUUGGGUUCGUGAAUUCGAAAAAUGGCUGCCUAAUGUAUCGUUCACUCAAUAUACUGGUUCCCAGAGUGAAAGAGCGCUAAUACGACAACAUAUAAAAAGUGAUACUCAAGAAAGUUCUGUCAUUAUAUCAACCAUCAAUCAUGUACUGGGUACCAAGUAUGAUAGAAAUUUUUUCAGGAGUAUAAAUUUACAAUAUUUAAUUCUUGAUGAAGCUCAUAUGAUAAAAAAUGUGAAAACAGAGCGUUUUAAACACUUAAGCAAGCUAAAGGCUCCUCGAAAGAUUUUGCUGACUGGUACACCUUUUCAAAAUGAUGUUAUUGAGCUGAUCUCUUUGCUGACGUUUUUAAUGCCAAACCUUUUUGAAGAAUUUUCAAGCAGUUUUUACAAAGAAAGAUUAAAGUUUCUGUUUGCUUCUUGUUACAAAACUGGUGACAAUAUUGAAGAUGACCAUAUUGGAAGACUGAAAAAAAUUUUAAAACCUUUUGUUUUGCGCCGACUUAAACAAGAUGUUUUAAAAGAAAUGCCAAACAAAAUUGAUAGUACAGUUGUUUGUGAGUUAACAGCUAGUCAAAAACAAAUUUAUUUAUCUUUUGCAAAACGCUUUUCUGACAAUACAGCUGAUCAAAAAAUGGGUUUAUCUCUUUUAAUGUUGUUGCGUAAAACAACAAACCACCCGCUGCUUGUAAGAGUCAAGUAUAGUGAUUCAAGUAUUUUAAAGAUGGCAGAAGAUUAUGUUUCUAGUCCUAUGAACAAUGAAUGCGAUAAGGAUUUAGUUUACGAAGACAUGUCAGUUAUGUCUGACUUUGAGCUGCAUAAACUUUGCAGCACGCAAUCUAUCUUAAAAAAAUACAAAUUAUGUGAUGAUGACAUACUAGAUAGUGGAAAAAUUAAACAACUGGACAAGCUUUUGCCAGAACUUAAAGAAAAAAAUGAUCGUGUAUUAUUAUUCAGUCAAUUUGUAAUUGUUCUUGACAUUCUUGAAGAAUAUUUAAAGAUACGUAAGAUCAAAUAUUUGCGACUAGAUGGUAGCACUAAAGGAAAUGAAAGACAAGAACUAAUAGACAAGUUUAAUCACAACGAAGAAAUAUUUAUAUUUUUACUCUCUACACGAGCUGGUGGACUAGGAAUUAAUUUAACUACAGCUAACACUGUUGUGCUCCACGAUAUUGAUUUUAAUCCUUACAACGAUAAACAAGCUGAAGAUAGGUGUCAUCGGCUUGGUCAAACUAGGCAAGUAACUGUGUAUAAGUUUAUUGGCAAAGACACUGUCGAAGAAAAUAUUUUGACCUGUGGUGAAAGAAAACUACAGCUUGAAAAAGAGUUGGUCGGAAAUACAGAAAUUGAUUUAGAAAGAGAUUUAUCGGACGAUGCAUUUAACAUCUUACGCGAUAAUAUUAAAAAAAUCGAAGCUCUGCAAAGAAAUGCUGAGUCUUAACUCUAGCUUUUUGACUCAUCAAGUUUAGCUUUUUGGUUUAUCAAGUUUAGGCGAGGCAAAUUAAUUUGCAAUAAACCAUCGGUUUUGAGCUUUACUAUUCAGAUUUAUAUGUACUUAAGCAUCUAAUACAUCUACGUAGAUAAAACUUAAUGGAACCCAUAUCAGAUUUUGACAAAGCAUAAUAAGAAACUGAGUUUGUUCUUUUUUUAAAAAAAAGUUAAAAAAAAAGUUAAAAA